AUGGCCUCGUCUGCCCAGGUCGGCCAAUACUGGCACCAAGCUCUGAAACUUAGGAAACAUUUGAUGAAGCAACUGGAGAAAGUCAAAGCCGAAAGUGCCUCUGGAGUGGAUAUUGCGCAGUUCGAGGCCAUUGAAGGCACUCUGGAAAGGUUUCGUUUAGUUUUCGUCCACACCAUCUUUUUGGAUUUCGCAUAUGCCGUCAAGGAGAAUACCGAGGAUGUCCUUUGGGCUCUGCACACCAUGAUCAACUCCGAAUACCGCCGUAUUCAGGGCCGACUCAAGCACUCUUCUCAUGCCGUUGAGAGACGCAAGACGGAAAAGUCAUACAACAACUUUCUCCGCGUGGCACAGAAAUUCUACAAAGGGUAUAUCCAACGUCUAUCGGCCCGGUAUGAUGUACCAGAUCUCAGGAGAGUUGCCCAAGGCAUUGAUGUUGAGCCCAUGGGCAGUGGAGAUAGAAUUAGCCCUGUACCAUCAGAGUUGGGUGCUCUCGUUUUGACGUCGUGCCACUCGACUCUUUUGCGUCUAGGCGAUUUGUCUCGGUAUAGGACUCAAGCCAGACAUAAGAAUUCGGGUUAUGAGACUGCCUUGACUUUCUAUAGCCUUGCGCAUCAUUUGAAGCCCCAGUCAGGAUAUGCCCAGCACCAAAUGGGAAUUGUUCAUCUGGACCAAGGCAACCAUCUCGACAUUGUCUAUAACUUUUAUCGCUCCUGGGCCGUCGAUGCGCCUCACCCGAAUGCCAAGACCAACCUCGAGGCCGAGUUCAAGUCUCUUCAACUGCCAAACUCAUCUAAAUCUCGACAGAAUGCCUCACCAGCGACACAAGACCCCUUCCCCAUGUGGUUCGUCAGGCUCCACGCCCUCUUUUACAAGGGCGAGACCUUUCCGCAGCAAGCUGAGCUCGAAGGCGAGGUUCUGCACAAACUCGAAAUAGCGUGUCACAGUGAGAAAUCUACUGCGACUCUGCUCAAGAUGACACUGGUCAAUCUUUCUGCCCACCACGUCGCGUCGACAAUCUAUCGAGAAUCAAUGUCUCUCGCCGCCUUCUACCAGUUUACUUUACGAUUCAAUGCUUUGUUCAUUUCACAUUUUUGUGCAGCCUUUGAAUCAGAGCUUAAGGAGGCUGCAUCCGAAGAUGUAGGGAGAGAUGAUCCCAAUACUUUGCCCACCAAGAUUACGGCCAUGGUGGAAACGCUUCUCCCUGUCCUGCGCCUGUAUAGUAUGUGGCUUACUGCCUGUCGGAGCGAAGUCAGUGCUGCUGCUCAGGCAUUCGGCGGAGUCAUCCCACGCCUGAUUCAGAAUCUGGCCAGAGUAUUCACUUUGCUCUGCAUUUUCACGUAUAGUCAGGCGUUGAGCAAUUGCCCAUAUCUACUCCCCGAGGAUCUGGAAAUCCGUGGUUUUCGCCCUUUGUCGGAGGAGACUAUUCCCCAGCAAUGCCGUUGUUUUUGCACCGAGGAUGACUCUCCGAAAACUCACCUGCAAGAUCACAGUACUCGUUUGGAGCCAUCUCAGGAAAAUUUGGCCAGAAUUUUAGACAUUCUUCGCUGUGCAUACUUCCUCGCUGAGGAUGCGAACUUCCCAAUGUCUUACAAGGUUGUCGACAAUUCACUCAUUUUUGAAUAUUGCGUUAAACCAACGGCUGUUGCGCCUGUGGCUGCAGCUCAGACUUCCAUGGCGUCACCAAACAUAGCAUCCAAGAACCCGCUUGGCAACGAAGACGCAGAGGCUAGGAGCCUACCGAGUCGUGGUUUAUUGGCCGAAGAACCCCAACAGUUGCGCCAGAAUUUGGCUUCUGACGUUACGAAGCCACAGCUUACCCAGCGCCCGGGGCCGCAAGACGAGGAGGAUUUGGACGAUCCAGACGAUGCAUUGUUCGACAUGCUGUCUCCGUUCUUGAAGCCACCCACACCACAACCUCAGCAACGGCAGCGUCGCUCGACGGAUGAAUCUUCUUAUGAAAUGCACACAGUGACAGCAAAUAAUGUGUUUGGCUCGUUUCAAACCGAGCACAGCCCACCUGGUUCCGUCCUUUCGGGAAAGUUUGCGCCGUUGCCUUGGGCUUGGUUCAAUACUCCGGAGCCUGAAAAGCCCGCUGACAAUCCGAAACCAAAUGGAUCGAGCGGCUUUGCCGAGACUCCCAGCCCGUACAACUCUCCAAGACGUCCCACAAGCAGUGGGUAUGACUUAGAUGACCCCUUUGCGACUCCCGGCCGAAAUAUCAAUAACGUCCCUGUCAAUAGCCAUGCCGCCCAGCAACGAAACAGAAGGAGCUUUCCUGGCCCGGUCGUUUCAGCUCCGGAAACUGCCCAUGGGAAUAACCUACUCCAGGUCUUCUCAGGCACUGGUGUGCCACGAAGCUCGCCUUUUACCCAAUGGGAUGAAAACCAGCAGCCUACUCUCCAGGGCAGCGGCCCUGCCAUGUCACCAUGGGGGCCCAGAGUCUUGGAUAGUUUUCCGCAAUCGACAGGGACUUCUAUUUUCUCUCAUCCAAGCAGCCUGUACCAGAGUACACCGGCAAAUGUAGUUGGCCGUGUGAUGAAACCUGUUUCUGGAGGACCAGAGCCCAAGUUAUCGAGUUCCGCUCACGUCGAAACUGCAGCAAGAUGCUUGCAAAUGGACCGGACGACGUUGAACUAUAACGAAGCGAUUAUGCAGUCAGCCUAUCAUGGCAACAAGUGA